AUGUCAGAGAAUGAUAAUGAUAAAUCGAUAAUUGAUACUGCUAACAGACUGUUAGAUUCAUUAGAGCAGUCCCAUAGGUCUGAUUUAGGGUUGCAUUUGUAUUCGUCGUAUCUUUUGCAUGUUCUGUUGUACAAGGCUAACGAGAAAAAGCAUAUGUUUGAAAUAGAUCAAUUUUAUAGAACUCAAGUUAAGGAGAAUUGGAGUAGUUGGCCAAAUCCGAAUACAAUUAUAGAUCCACAGACAAAUGUAUUAUAUGAGGAUGGUGAUGUUGAAGAGAAGGUGUCAGAGUUGAAGAAAGGUGAAGUAUCAAAAAGGGCAAUGAACCAUGCUUCCAAUAUGAUGAAAAGAGAAUUCAGUUCGAGUUGGCAAAAAUAUCUUAUAGAGUCGUCAAGGAAGUCUGGAAGUUGUCUUGAUGUCAAUGAAUUAGAGGUACCCACUUGGGUUUGUGAGAAAAUAGAAUCAAAAUUAGAUCAUUUAUUCGAAGGGUUGCACAACAUGGUGGCUAAACAAAAGAAUAUAGAAAUAGACCAGUAUGUAUCAAACGGACAGAUUAGAGUGUCUCAGGAAGAUUCUCAAGAAGAUGUAAAAUUAAACAAGCAUGUCUCAUUCAACUUUCAUGAUAUAAUAUCUAGAGGCUGUGAAAUGGGAGAAAAAAUGGAUGAAGUAUAUAUGAAAUCACUGCGUUUGUUUAACGAUAUACCACAUUCUUUCAGCAAAAGUCAAUUCAAAAUAUCAAAACAUAAUUUGAAAAAAUAUAAACCUUCAACAGAGGCAAAAACCGAUAUUUCAUUAAUUUUUAAUACUUCCAGGGAGGAUUUUAUUCAAAUCGAACAAUUGCUAAGGGAUAAACGAUUAAAGGCUAAUGAAAAGGGUAAAUUGAAAUACUUAAACAAGAAGAAUAAGGAAUUGGAUACCAAUAAAAGGACAUUUUUUAAAGUUAACAACAAUAAUAAGUCACAUAAAAUUGAAAAUAAUGAAGAUUACAGCAUUAACGACGCACUGGUAAAAAUACCACGAACAUAA